AUGAAGGGAUUUGGACAUACCAACGUAACGCGCAUAAUUUGUGUAACAUUAAUGAUGUUCGCCAUAUUUGGACAUGUAGCAGAAUCAGUGCCCAUGUGGAAAGCAGGUAUGGACAAAAACGACGUUCCCGUCCAGCCUAUCCGGAUGAACUCCAGCCUGAUCUACAGAUGGUUGAUCCGUUUGAUGAGCCGUAAAGACCUAUACUCGUGGAUUAAUUUCCACGUCCAUCCACAUUCGACACCAACUACCAGUCCCAUAACAGACCCGACAACUACGGUAGCGGCAUUGGAAAGCGAUGAACUACAGAUACAGCGAGAUACCGAUGACCUUGGCACUGUGCCAAUAGUAGGACCCGGUGCCGCUUCCCCUUCCGGUGCCGGUAAUGAUGGCCAGGAUACGUCGACUGGACCCGCUCUGAUUGUUGUACGGGAUGUAGAAGAAACUACUUCCUCACUUCCGGUCACACGGUUAUCAACUGCCAGUUUAAUGGGUAAUGGUAUACCAAUGAUAAUAUUGUCGGGUAACAAGGAUGUUGACAGGAUCGGAGAUGACUCUCAGUCGACGAAUGCUGAUGAUUCCUCUACACCACAAAUGAUAAGAGACACUUUUGAUGACAUGCCUGUGGCGGGGGACACUAUGAGUCCUUCCGGUGACAACACGAAGUCAGUUCCGAUUAUUGUAAAUCCUACCGGAAGUGCAGGGGACGAUUCUAAUUCAAACGAUGAAUCAACGAGUAAUCCGGAUUCGUCUCUAACAAUUGUUCGUGACAGAGAUGGGGAGCCAGAUACCAUGAAUGAUAACGACACACCUGCUUCAUCUUCGUCAUCCUCAACGUCACAAUCUUCCUCCUCGACAUCUGGUUCUACGUCUUCGGGUUUGCUUAUUCUUGAUCCGGCGGCGUUACUGAAUCAGGGUUUUAUGGGCAAAUGA